CUAAGAUCCCUAUUGGUCAGUUCAAUGCAUUCAUGGGCUCCACAACCCCCACAUUCACUCCAAUCGACCCCAAUGUCACUGAAGGCAUUCCCGAUGGUGACCCGCGCCUGGCCGAGCUGGAACCAGGCCAGCGACUGCGACUGCUUGCACACCAGCCAUUCCCUCAAACCCCUAGGGGCCUUCAAGCACCAGACCUCCUGCUUGGGCUCUUUCAAGAAUUCAUGGGAACGCCUCAGGCUGAAUUUCGAAGCGCAGAACAGCGUGAGUGCCUCUACCAUCUGCUGAAGCCAACCCCAUUCCUUCUCAUGGCAUUACCAACUGCUGGAGGCAAGACCACCCUGUUUCUGCUUGCUGCAAGCCUUGCCUGGGCGCAUACUACUGUCCUGGUGGUUCCCCUUGUUUCAUUGAAGCUGAACCUGCAAUCUAAGCUUCAAAACCUAGGUCUGCCAUGGGUGAAUUGGGAGGAUCAGCAUGAGGAGACCCCUCCUACCCGGCUAGUGCUAGUAUCCAUUGAGUCUGCUGUCAGCCAGGUCUUCAUUAACUGGGCCAUGCAGCUCUACCACCAAAACGCCCUGGACCGCAUUAUUUUUGAUGAGGCCCAUCUCAUCCCCCUGGCCCGCAGCUAUCGGGGGGUGAUGAAUGAUGUAAACCGCCUGAGCCAGAUCCCAGUCCCCAAAGUCUUUGCCUCGGCCACCAUGACCCAGCCUGCCCUGGACCAGCUCCGCCACCAAUUCCUCCUGCCAGCCCACCUUCCCCUGGUGGUCCGUGGCCGGGCAGAUCCCCCUAGGGGUCAGGUGAUCAUCUACCUUCCCUAUAAGGGCAUGGUGGAGGAGUUCCAUCAGGCCUAUCCCCAGGAGACAGCCUAUUUCCAUGCCAGCAUGCCAGAGGAAGACAAGACAAGGCAGGUGGAGAGCUUUGACCAAGGGCAGAAGCUCGUGCUCCUUGGGACAGCUGCCAUCGGGGAAGGAUAUGACUUUGCUCAUACUGCCAUGGUCAUUCACUGGGGGACCAGGUGGGGCAUCAGCCAGUUCCUUCAAGCUACAGGGCGUGCGGCGCGGGGUGCUGGGGAGAUUGGCUGGUCAUAUGCCAUCAUCCCCCCUUGA